AUGCCUGUUCCCUCCAAGAAGAAGUCAUCAGCCGUCACAAUGAUUCCAAUUAAAGCCGAGGAUCUCUCGCAACCAUCGUCUGGCAGCGAAGGUGCUUCGACAAGAAGGACGGACAAGGCUCCUAAUAAGCUGCACAAACGCUCAAGAUCCGGCUGCUUCACAUGUCGCCUACGUAGAAAGAAGUGUGAUGAGAAGCACCCAUCUUGCGGAGCCUGCAUAAACCUAUGCGUCAAGUGCGAAUACAAACGCCCCGUGUGGUGGGGAAACGCCGAGCAAAGGAGGAUUCAGAAAGAGCACAUCAAGAACAAGAUCAAACAAACAAAAAUGAACGAGCGCAAUGGUGCACUGACCGGUGGGUAUGGCCAUCUGACUGGGCUUGUGGGCGCCAUAGAUCCCUCGGCCCGCAAUCGCAGUAUGGCCGUCCCAACGCCAACAUCCCCCGAAUACGAGCUUAGUCGACCACUCUAUCCAGAGCAGUAUGAUAUUUUCGCAUCCCAUCUGUCAACUCCGGCAUUCACCCAGAAUGUCUAUGGCCUGCCACAUCCGUAUGAGAUCGAUGUGAAGACGGAGCGACAGACGUUCAUUAACGACGUCCCGCUGCGCCACGAUUCUUGCAGCUCAACAUUCAGCACAUUUGCUCCUCCCCAGCUAAAUGCUACUUUACCCACGUUUCCGGGAGAAGACUGGUUUCACGAUGAGUACUUCGCGCAAGUUCCCGCGCUUCCUGGAAUCGAUCCAGCACUCUGCGAGCAAACCAUAGGCCAGACGUAUGCGAUUCUACAGUCAAGCAUACCCGUUAGUGACCAUGAUCGCCCGCUUCUCGAUCACUUCAUCUACAACGUUCUGCGAAUAAUUUUUCCCGUGCUGGAAGCUCAUCAACGCGGACACGUCCGCGCCCAAGCCAUUCUCCAAGCUUUGGAAACGAACAAGUGUUAUCUCCACUGUUGCUUGAGUGUGGCCGCUAUUCAUCGAAAGACAACGGAAGGUAUUGUUGGAGAGCAGAUUGACCACGAUAUCAUGCGUAAUCGUUUCGAGGCAGUCUCGCAGCUUUGUUUGGCUUUGGGUGAGGAUACUAAUCACGAGGAGAUUCUCGAUGCAACGCUCGCCAUGAUUUUCUUCCAUUGUUCAGUGGGUCCUGCUGACGAUUAUCUCCCUGAUAUUCCUUGGUUUGAUCACUUUCAAGCCGCAUCCAAUUUGGUAAAUCGACUGGGACUAUCCGCUCCUGUUCCCCCUUGCGGAAAUCCAUAUAUGCCGCCCCCGUUUACCAUGACGUUGGCAUCUUGGAUUGAUAUCCUGGGCUCCACUAUGCACGGAAAGACCCCCGAGUUUGCACAUACUUAUCGCUCCAAGCACCUUAGUGGAUCGUCCCUGGGCUUACGCGAGCUUAUGGGCUGCGAUGACCGUGUCAUGUACCUGAUAUCAGAGAUCACAUGCCUGGAGGCAUUGAAAAGGGAGGGAAGAAUCGAUGAUUUGGCGGUCUGUUCUCACGUUUCAGCCCUCGGCCAACAACUGGAAUACACCGAGUCGCCAAACCAACCUUUGGAGAGCCCGCACCUUGCUAACGGAGCUUUCUCUCCUAUGGUGCUGACGAACAAUAUCACCGCGAUUUUCCGAAUUGCAGCCAGGAUCUACUUAUGUAGUUUGGUUCCCGGAUUUGACCGUCAACAGCCAAGCAACGUCAACUUGGUUGCAGCGGUGGCCAACGCUCUUCAGUACAUUCCCUCGGGGCCAGAAGGAUUUGAUCGUUCACUCGUUUGGCCUUUGCUUGUUACAGGGGCUUUCUCGGCGCCGAACAGCUCUUUCCGCAACAUCCUCUCCAAUCGCGCCGCUGCUCUCAAUGACCACGCGGAUCUCGGCAGCUUCGGCCGCAUGUACCGGGUUUUGAAAGAGGUAUGGCGUGUGUCGGAUGAGCCUCUCGAAGCCCUACCAAGUCAAGACGUGAGCCCCUCGUGUUCAACAGACAACAUCAGCUCCACUAAGCGCGAAAACUCCGAGUCUCCGAAGGAAAAUGCUACACAAUGGGAUGCAAAGGAAGUGAAGAAGCCAUUCAUCCAUUGGCGGGAAGUGAUGCAGCAAAACGGUUGGGAUUAUUUGCUUCUAUAA